AUGGUUCUAGAGGAUUUUUACUCCUACGUUUCAGCCAACGCUGGUGCUGGUGAAUUUGUUGUCUACUCAACAUUGGAAUCAAAAUCUCAAAAAACAAUCAUACCUUCUGAUCAUGUUCUUUUAAACUUUUCAGAUCCAUUCCAAUCCAUAAUAGAGUCUCAAGAAUCUCAAGAAUCUGCUAGUAUCAUCUUCACAAAUGAUCAAACUGUUUUGAAAGCUUUACCUCAUCUUCAAUCACUAAGGAAUAAUACCAUCAUCAAUAUUGCAUUAUCAAAUUACCAAUCUGUUAUUGCUUUGAAAGAUUUAAACUUUACUACUUUGAUCUCUUCCACAAAGGAAGAUGUUUUAAAUGCUUUAACUUUAUCACAUAUCUUGGUUAAUUCAACAAACUCUCCAAUAUUACAUUUCAUCAACGAAAGUUUGGUUGAACAAUCUCCAAAUGUGAAAAUCUCCAAAUCAUUAUCCAAAAUCUUGGAAACUCAAGCUACUGAUCUAGUUGAUGGUUUAAAUAUUUUGAACUCAAAUGGAAUGAAAUAUAAUUAUGUUGAUUUUUCCAAAGGUUCUAGAAAUUCCAAAGUUGCAUUGGUUAAUUUAGGUUCUCACUAUAAUGACUUGAAGUCAAGCGGAUUACCAACAAUUAAUAUUAAAAUAUUCAAACCUUUUGAAAUUUCUCAAAUCUUGGGAAACUUGACCAGUUCAGUGGAAGCUAUUGCUAUUUUAGAAGAUUCAAAUUCAAAACCUUUGACCAAAUUUUCACCUUUACUAUUGGAAUUUUUCCAAGAUCCAACAUAUUUGGUUGAUAAUGGUAUUUUGAAGAUUACUUCAUCAUCAAUUGGUGAUUAUGAUGAUGAUUUCAAUAAAUUGGCUCAAAUUGUCACUUCUAAUUUAUCAUUAGAUUAUCCAAUUCAGAACUUAUAUUUUGGUAAUGAGUCUCAAAUCGAACUGUCUGAUAUCAAAGUUAAUGAAAUUGAAAAGAUCAGUAAGUUAGAAUCAAGUUACCUAACAAUUCUUGAUCAAGUAUUUGGCUCAAACUUGAAAAUUUAUAAUCAAUUCAAUUCUGAAAACAUUAAUGCAUCAUCACCAGAGUUUGGAUUUGGUUCUUACAUUUAUUUGAAUGAACAAAAACAAAAACUGAUUAAGUUGAUUCAUGCUUCAUUAGAUACACCAGAUGAGAAAUUCCAAACUCCAAAGUUGAAUGAAUUGGUUGAGAAAUUAUCCAAAUGGUUGGUCUAUCAUCGUGAAUUGGAAGGAUUAUCUCAAGAUAAAAUCAAUACUUAUAAUCAAUUAUCUAUUGAAAUCAUCAAACUUUUGAAAGAGGAUGAUUCAGAAACCUCUAAAAACUUGUUAUCUUUGGAAAAUUCAUUUUUUAUCAAUUCAAAUUGGUUAAUUGGUUCAGAUUCUUGGGCUUAUGAUUUAGGUACUUCAGGUAUUCAUCAUGUUUUGGAAUCAAAUGAGAAUAUAAAUGUCUUGGUUAUCGAUAAUGAACCUUAUUCAACUAAAACUACAAAAACCAAGUCUUUAAGAAAGAAAGAUAUUGGUUUAUAUGCUAUGAAUUAUGGAAAUGCUUAUGUUGGUUCCAUUGCUAUCUAUUCUUCAUACACUCAAAUGUUGACAACUUUAAUUGAAGCUGCUCAAUUCCAAGGUCCAUCAAUAAUUUUAGCUUAUUUGCCAUUGAAGAAUGAGUUUGACACUCCAUUAGAUAUCUUGACAAAUACCAAAAACUCUGUUGAAUCUGGUUUCAUUCCAUUAUAUCGUUAUAAUCCAUUCUUGGAUUCAAAAGAUUCUUUCAAAUUAGAUUCAACUGUUAUUAAAGAACAGUUAAAGAAUUUCUUGGAUCGUGAAAAUAAGUUGACUCUAUUGAGUGCCAAAAAUCCACAAUUUGCUAGAUCUUUAAAACAAUCUUCAACUUCAAUUAUCAAACAAAAACAAGAUAAGAAAGCCCAACAAGCUUAUGAUCAAUUAUUGGAAGGUUUAUCAGGACCUCCAAUUUCAAUCUAUUUUGCAUCUGAUGGUGGUAACGCUGAAAAUGUUGCAAAGAAAUUGGGUAAAAGAGCUUCUGCAAGAGGUUUUAAAUCAACUGUUUUGUCAAUGGAUGAUAUUAUUUUAGAAGAUUUAGUCACUGAAGAAUUAAUUUUGUUUAUUACUUCAACUUCUGGUCAAGGUGAAUUUCCACAAAAUGGUAAAAAUUUUUGGGAUUCAAUUAAAAAUUCUGGUGAUUUAGAUUUAGAAUUUAGUAAAAUAUCAGUUUUUGGGUUGGGUGAUUCUGAAUAUUGGCCAAGGGCUCAAGAUAAACAUUACUAUAACAAACCUGCUAAAGAUUUACAUUCAAGAUUAUUAUUUUUAAAUGCUAAAGAAUUGAUUCCUUUAGGACUUGGUGAUGAUCAAGAUGCGGAUGGAUUCCAAACUGGUUACAAAGAAUGGGAAUCUCAAUUGUGGAAGGCUUUAGGUGUUGAUGAUAUUAAAACCGCAGAUGAACCACCUCCAAUUACUAAUGAAGAUAUCAAGAUUGCUUCAGAUUUCUUAAGAGGUACAAUUGCAGAUGGCUUGAAAGAUGAAUCAACUGGUGCUAUUGCUUCUUCAGAUCAACAAUUGACCAAGUUCCACGGUAUUUAUAUGCAGGAUGAUCGUGAUUUAAGAGAUUCUAGAAAAGCUGCUGGCUUGGAACCUUUCUAUAUCUUUAUGGCUAGAGUUAGAUUGCCAGGUGGUAUUACAACCCCUGAUCAAUGGUUAAUGUUGGAUAGAUUAGCCGAUGAGAGAGGUAAUGGUACUGUUAAAUUGACAACUAGGGCGACUUAUCAAUUGCAUGGUAUUGUUAAACACAAUUUGAAGCCUUCCAUUAGAGCAAUGAAUUCUGUUUUAAUGGAUACUCUUGGUGCUUGUGGUGAUGUCAAUAGAAAUGUUAUGGUUAGUGCAUUACCAUCUAAUGCUUAUAUUCAUGGUGAAGUUAACAAUGUUGCUAAAAGAAUCUCUGAACAUUUAUUACCUCAAACUACUGCUUAUCAUGAAAUUUGGUUGAAAGGUGAUGAUCCUGAAGAUGAUGAAGAUGCAAAUUGGCCAGAAACUUUUGAACAAAGAAAAGAUGGUCCAAAAAAAAUUAAAACUUUAGUUGCUGGUAAUGCACUUGUUGAUACUGAACCAUUUUAUGGUCCAACCUAUUUACCAAGAAAGUAUAAAAUCAAUAUUACCGUUCCUCCAUAUAAUGAUGUUGAUGUUUGGUCUUCAGAUGUUGGUUUAAUCACUAUUAUUGAAGAUAAUGAAGUUGUUGGUUUCAAUGUAUUAGUUGGUGGUGGUAUGGGUUCUACUCAUAAUAACAAAAAGACUUAUCCAAGAACUGGUUCUUCAUUUGGUUUUGUUCCAACUGAUCAAGCGCAUUUGGUUUGUGAAAAGAUUAUGCUUGUUCAAAGAGAUCAUGGUAAUAGAAAAGAUCGUAAAAAUGCCAGAUUAAAAUAUACUGUUGAUACAUUAGGUGUUGAAGUUUAUAAGGAAAAAGUUGAAGAGUUAUGGGGACAGAAAUUUCAACCAGAACGUGCUUAUGAAAUUAAAGAUAAUAUUGAUCAUUUUGGUUGGGUUACUGAUGAAUUAGAUCAACAUCAUUUCACUUGCUUCAUUGAAAAUGGUCGUGUUGAAGAUACUCCUGAAUUACCUCAAAAGACUGGGUUAAAGAAAAUUGCUGAAUAUUUCAAGUCAAAUCCAAAGUCCAAAGGUACUUUUAGAUUAACGGGUAAUCAACAUGUUUUGAUCUCGACUGUUUCAAAUGAGGAAUUGCCAACUGUUAAACAAUUGCUACAUGAUUAUAAGUUGGAUAAUACUGAUUUCAGUGCUUUGAGAUUGUCAAGUGCUGCUUGUGUUGCUUUCCCAACAUGUGGUUUAGCAAUGGCUGAAUCUGAACGUUAUUUACCAGUUUUAAUCAACAAGAUUGAAGAAGCUUUGGAAGAGUAUGGUCUGAGACAUGAUUCUGUUGUUAUGAGAAUGACUGGUUGUCCAAAUGGUUGUGCUAGACCAUGGUUAGCUGAAGUUGCUUUAGUUGGUAAAGCUUAUGGUGUUUAUAAUUUAAUGCUUGGUGGUGGUUAUUUCGGUCAACGUUUAAAUAAGAUUUAUAAACAAAGUAUCAAAGAAGAUGAAGUGUUGUCAAUCUUGAAACCACUAUUCAAGAGAUGGGCUUUAGAAAGACAAGAUGGUGAACAUUUUGGUGAUUUCUUGGUGAGAGUUGGUGUUAUCAAACCAACUUUGGAAGGGAAAUACUUCCAUGAUGAUAUUCCUGAACAGGUUUGA